AUGGUGAAAUUGUUCAAGAGCAAAGUCCUAUCGAGACAGCGUGGGAACAAAGCAUCUGGCAUCGAUCAUUUGACAGGAAUCACCACGGCGACGAACAACAAAAACAAGACGACGAAUGGGCCAGGUGUGCUGUCCGAACAUACACAGUCGACCCAAAAAAACAUGACGGCCGAUGUCAGUACGACUGACUUUACAUACAUUUUCGAUGAUCCCAAGUUGAAGAAUGAAUAUCAGCUGAUGACAACAGCUGCAAAGAAAGCAAGUUUUGGCCAGUGUUUCUUUGCUCGUCAUCGUAAGAGUGGGGAUAUUGUCAUGGUCAUGGCGAUCCAAAACGAGUUCAUGCACAAGUUUGAGGCUGAUCUCAACGAUGCAUCCAAAUUGGAGAGUAUGAUGGCCGCUGUGGACCCUAGUCUGAGCGGAUUACGAGAAAUGAUUGGGAUGGGUAGGUCCACGGCGCUCAUCAUGGACCUGGAUAUGAGUCCUACAGCCAUGAUCAAGGACCCGAAUGAAUACAUAAUCAUCGAAGAUCACACCACUGUUCAACAGACAACAGCCACAUCCAUGACAGCAAUGACAACAACGACUGCAACCACAGAAGCAGAUGAACCAUUUGAUGAUUUUGGGUCCUGGCUCCAAUACUGGGUUUGUGGAGCACCUAGUCACCUCUUGCUAUGCAAUGCUCCCAUUGGACCUCCUGCUCUGACUGUUAUCCCCGAGUGCCCCGAUGAAAAUACGGACUCUUCGAACAUGAAAAUUCAAAACGUACCCAAGCACAGCAACAGAUCCUUUGGGGUAAAUGUCACUAAAGAAAAGAGGCGAGCUCCAGAAUUCGAUGCCCGGUCGGUCGGUGUUAUGAGCCGAAUUGUCGACGUUGAUGAUGCCACGACCGUCGCGACAUCUAGACAACUAUCUCAACAUAGCAAGAUUCGAUCGAGAAAGAACAGCAGCAAGUAUUACAAGAACGUUGCGGCUGAGAUUGCCUCUACAGACGGUUCCAAGACGUUGCCUUCCAUUUUCUCCAUGGAUUCACAUUCAAUCCCACCGGAAGAAGAUUGGUUCUCGAUGCUGGAUCAGCUGUUGACCCCUGAUCUCCGAUAG